AUGAUGCUUGUGUUUGUUCUUUGUCAGAAUAUAGCGUACGGUUUGGCCUUCGUCAAGUUCCACUCACCUCCAGACAAGAACGACCCUCCAGCAGCUACUCCACCUAAACUGACGAAGCUGGGCCAGUUCAGGCUGAAGGACGAGUCUCCGUCUGCAGCUCCAGGUCUGCAGCCUGGGUCUCUGUUCACGGCCUCUAAGUCCUCCGAACUCAAAGCGUCGCCGCAGAAGGAAAAGUUGAGUUAUGCCGCAGCUGCUCUGAAGACCGGAGGCAGCUCGCACUCGUCCGGCCAAGCCUCCUCCUCCACCUCUCCACAGGCUCCUGUAAAGAGAAAAUAUGAGUUCAGCCAAGAGCGGCAGUCUGCGCCUCCACCAGCGAAGAAAACCAGUCCUAUGGGUUCUCCUGAAGUGAAGGCAGCUACGCCCAAACACAAGGCCAGUCCGCUCAGCACUCCCAGCUCUGCUAAAGCUUCACCAGCUCCAAAACAACCAGAGAAGAAGAGAGAGAGUCUGUCCAAAGCCGAGGCCAAACCCAGAGCCCAUAAACCCGGUUCUCCGCGGGUCCAGCCCCCGCCCUUCCCCCGCCUCCUGGAGGGUGUGGUGUUCGUGCUCAGUGGAUUCCAAAACCCCUUCAGAGCAGAGCUGCGGGAGAAGGCCCUGGACAUGGGGGCCAAGUACAGACCGGACUGGACCCCGGACGCCACACACCUCAUCUGUGCCUUCGCCAACACCCCCAAAUACAGCCAGGUGAAGGCAGCGGGGGGCAUCAUCGUCCGCAAGGAGUGGGUCAUGGACUGCCACAAGAGGAAGCAGAACGUCUCCUUCAAGAGGUACCUGAUGGACGGCGGCGAGUCCAGUUCUGAGAGUGGGACUGAGGCUGACGACCAGAGCGAUGAGGAAGUGAACACAAAGAAGAAGCAGGUCACCCCCAGAAAGACGCCACAGAAAGACGACGAUGAUGAAUAUGGCGGCUCUACAGAUGUGGAGGAAGCAGGAGGUGACGAUGAUGAAGAUGAAUCAGGAGCAGACACUGAAGACGAACUCCAGAGAGUGGAGAAGGAGAACAUGCAAAAGAAAGCGGCCUCAGUGAAGGUGAAAGAGGAGGAGGACCCAUACGCUGCCUCCACAGACGAGAACACAGACGCAGAAGCAGAUCAGGACUACCCCAUCCCCGAGCUGCCAGACUUCCUGUCGGGAAAGCAUUUCUUCCUCUUCGGCAAAUUCCCCAACAAUGAGCGCCGGCUUCUCCUGCGGUACAUCGUGGCUUUCAAUGGGUGA